AUGGCACAACUCAACUCCAAGCAGUCGCUUGACAGACAGCCUCUUCGCAAGAAGGCUUCCACUGUUGUCUCUCACGUUGCUUCCUCCAUUCGUCGGGGACGCGAAGUCCCCACUGUCCAAGAGCUCAACACUCUUCGUCGUAUUUCUGGCAAAGUCCCUUGGACGGCGUACACCAUUGCAUUUGUUGAGCUGUGUGAGAGGUUCUCUUACUAUGGAACCACUGCCGUCUUCACCAAUUUUAUCCAACAGCCUCUCCCUGAUGGCUCGAGCACUGGCGCUGGAUUCAGCGGCCAGUCGGGCGCCCUGGGCCAGGGCCAGAGAGCGGCCACUGGUCUCAAUUUGUUCAUUAUUUUUUGGUGCUACUUCAUGCCUAUCAUUGGAGCUUGGAUCGCAGACGAGUUCCUCGGCCGUCUAAAGACCAUCUAUAUCUCCAUCGCCUUCGCCAUGACAGGUCACAUUAUCCUCAUCGUCUCUGCCCUCCCACCCGUCGUCAAACACUCAGACAGUGCCCUCGGUUGCUUCUGUGUCGGUCUCGUUAUCUACGGUAUGGGCGUCGGAGGAUUCAAAUCCAACAUCGCUCCAUUAAUUGCCGAACAGUACAGGGACACACGGCCCUACAUCACAACCGAACCGAAAACCCGCGAGCGGCUCAUCGUCGAUCCGGCACAGACUAUUGGGCGGAUCUUUCUCUACUUCUACUUUAUGAUCAACGUCGGCGCCUUGAUCGGGGCUAUUGCCAUGGUCUACGCCGAGAAAUACGUGGGGUUCUGGCUCGCAUAUCUUCUCCCGGCUGGCAUGUUUGCGCUCUGCCCUCUCGUGCUGUUCGUCUGCAGCAGCAAGUACAGCCUCACGCCCCCCACGGGCUCAGUCGUUGGGAAGGCAUUCCGCCUCUGGACGUUUGCUGUCACGCCUCACUGGUCCUGGAAUCCAGUCAAACUCGUAAAAAGCUGCCGUGCCCCAGGGUUCUGGGAAAACGCCAAACCCAGCAAAGUCCGGAACAAGCCCGACUGGAUGACCUUUGAUGACCAAUGGGUCGAUGAAGUCCACCGGGCCGUCAAAGCAUGCGGAGUCUUCCUCUGGUAUCCGAUCUACUGGCUCGCCUACGGCCAAAUGACCAGCAACCUCACCUCACAAGCCGCAACAAUGGAACUGCACGGCGUCCCCAACGACAUAAUCAACAACCUCGACCCGCUCGCGCUGAUCAUCUUCAUCCCCAUAAUGGACCAGGUAGUCUACCCCUUCAUCCGCAAAUGCGGAUUCAACUUCACGCCCAUCAAGAAAAUCUACGUCGGCUACCUCAUCGCCUCCAUGUCCAUGAUCGCCGCGACCGUCACGCAGCACUACAUCUACAUCCUCAGCCCCUGCCACAACAAAGCGAGCAGCUGCGACGAGCCGGCGCCCAUCAGCGUCUGGGUGCAGACGGUCCCCUACGUGCUGAUUGCAUUCUCGGAGAUCUUCACGUCGAUCACGGGGUACGAGUAUGCGUAUACGAAGGCGCCGCGGAAUAUGAAGAGCCUCGUGCAGUCGCUGUAUCUGUUUACGAAUGCGAUUUCGGCGGCCGUCCAGCAGGGCCUCACGGCGUUGUCGGCGGAUCCGCUGCUCAAGUGGAAUUACGGGUUUGUGGCGGUCCUGGCGUUUUUCGGCGGGAGUUUGUUCUACCAUACGCAUCAUCAGCUGGAUCAGGAAGAGGAUUACCUGAAUCAGUUGGAGCCCUCGAGCUUUCUUGGGAGGCAGGCCAAGGGCGGGGGCGAUUUGGAGAAGUCGUGA